AGUAUGUGGGCCUCUCACAGACACUCCGUCAGUGACAAGUAUACGUCCCACCCUGGAGGUCAUGACCUCCGUGACCACCUCCCCGACCUCGGUGGCCUCAACGCCCUCCCCAGCCGAGGUCACACUGGGCCGCUUGUCGCAUACCAGGAGGUCCUUACCUCUGAAACCAUCCAAGAUUGAUAAGCCUCGAAGUCUGAAAAAGAUCUCUAGAGAGUUUAUGGGCUAUAUUCAGCGCUACAGGUCCUUCUUCUCUGCCCUGCCGGAGACACUGUGUGAGAGUGAGAUGGUGGGGGAGGACUUCACCUGCUGGAGUGGGGAGGACGUGGUGGAGAGUUAUGUGGGCCGUGUUGUGGGAAACGGCUUUCAGGCCCAGAAAAACAACCCAGAGAUUAAGGUCCGCAGCAUUGACCCCAUCCUAGUGGCAGCUAGAGACAAACUAGAACAGUUCAAACAGGAGAUGCAGGGUCAGAUGGGCUGGGCGACAGAAUGGGGGGCGUUGGUGGAGACGGGCAGUGGGACGAGAGGAGAGGCCAGCGGAGAGUGUGACGAUGAGGACGGAUGUCAGGGAUCUGGAGAGGAAGACUUUACUGAUGAGAAUGAGAGAGUGGACGUGGCCACUGCUGGUGUUCCACUGGGGAAGAGCCCAGGAGCCAGGGAGCCCCCACACCAGGUCCCUACCAUUCAACCCCCUCCACAGGUAGCUGUGAAAGCUGCGGGCCACACUCCAACACACCACCCAGCUAUCACCAUCACCCUCAUCACCCUUCUGUUUGCCUUGGGGUUACCAUGACACCAACUCUGAGACCCCCUUCCCCUCCGCUGAUGAUGCCACUGAGCACUGGAGAGAGGUGGGGAGCAUUCACAAGAAGGAAGAGGAGGAUGAGAAGGAGGACAAGAAGAGGUGCUCGCCAGCCAACCUGUGUCUUUUCCCCAGCUGCUCUCUGUUAGUUGACGGGAGCUGGACUGCAUGGCUGUGUUUGUGCGAUGUAGGAUGUCUGCAUUUCUCUCUCUCUCCCUUGUUGCCUUUACCUCUGCUUUGUCCUCACUGCCGCCUCCUCUCUGAUUCACUGAACUGCCUGGUCAGUUGACCGUCAGAUGUGGUCAGCUAUAUGUCCCACUACUCGCUUGGUUCUCCUAUGGUCCCUAGGUUUAGGUUAUGAACAGUACAGUGCAGAAACAGUGCUGAACUUAAGAAUGUAAUAAGGCCCAACACAGGCAUCUCUCCUCACCUGUCCACACCUAAAGCCAACUGCCAUGUUCUCUGGGCUCUCUCUAUUUGUUACUUAGUUUGCGUUUGAUUAUGCCUUCUGUCAAUAGUCAUCGAGCACACUGUACAUGUUUUAUAUGGUCCCAUGUGGGACUUUGAUUGUGUAUUUGUUUGUGUGCCUGUAUUUACCUAUACUUAUAUCUACAUGUGGGUUUCUUUACCAUAUAAUUUACUGUAACAACAUAAUAAUGGCUUGUACAGUACUAGAACUGAUCUAUUGGACAAAUGUAAAUACACAUUUAUGUAAAUAUACAGUUUGUACUGUAUAAGGAUAGGAUAACAAGGGCUUGAUUGGAGUUGUUGCUGUGGAAAUAGAGGAAUAAUAGGUUUUUGGAUACCUUUAUAUAAACUUCACCAAAUGAUUUUGCCCGUAUGUUUUGAUGGGCACCAAGCCCGACCCUCAACAUAUGUUCCCACACACUGACAUCCUAGUUAACAUGCAUCCAUUGCACCAAGAUCACCUCUAUUAUAAUGGCAAGUGUAUAAAUGUAUAUAUCUGAAGUCACACACAAUGUUCAUCUUUGGUUUUAAAUGUUACAUUUGCUUAGUACAGAAAUGGUUCACUUUUUAAAGCUGGAAUCCUGAAUAGUGAAACUUGCACGUCUGUUUGCAGUAACUUCUUUGUUGUUGUAAUAUCGCAAACAACCAACACGUUUUUUCCCCCUCAGACAUCAAUCCAGCAGAAUAGUACUGGAUUUUUUUUUUUACCAGGUUACCCAACGCUCCUCACCUCCGCUUCGUCAACAAAAGAAAAACAAUAACAACGGCCGUGGGGUGGUCAGUGGUGCUGUUUCCCCUACUGCAGAUUCCAUCUUUAAAGGGAUGCUGCAAACACCUCCGUCCUGCAUGAAGUUCCAGGUUUAAGAUAACCAAGUGUGUUUUACCUAGCAAGGAAACAAUAGCUGCAUAUAAAGAGCCUUCAGCUCAAUAAAGACCCCCCCCCCCCCCAUGAACAAAGCUAUCAAAGGUAGCUUUGAGCUGUUGUCAGGAGACAGAGUGAGUGACAGGUCCAAUAUUCUGCUCUACUGGAUAGCAAUGCAUCCUAUGCCUCACCUGUUUGUUCUGAAUGCCAGGUCCAGUAGUGUACCUCAUCAUUGCCGCUCCACUCCUUUGAAUGUCAAUGUUAAUUGGCCAAUCAGACCUUUUGAUGUGAGAGCUUGCUUUAGCCUCGUAAUUACAGUACCAGACUGAUUACCUCUGCGCUGAUUCCGUGGUAGUGAACCAUUCAUGUAAACUCGCAAGCCAGGCAGCUUGUGAGGCUAAUCUUUCUUUGCAACCCCUUUAAAAGGGCAGAAAUGUUCAGAGCCAGGUGAGUGAUGACAGGACUGAUAUAUUAGACUGGCCCUUUAUCUGAAACAGAUGGAGACUUUGUAGACUCGCAUUGGCAUUUUAAUAAACAUAUAACAGUGAACCUGACCAUGAUGUGCCUGCCACACUGUCUUUCCUCAUUUUUCUCUUUGCAUUCUCUGACUGAGAUUGUGAGAGUUUGCAUGAAAGUCUGAUUUUGUUUUCCUCAACUCUUCAAAGUGUUUGUCGAGGCACUUAGCCAAGCUGUUCCUGAGAAAACUGUUAGUGUGGUAAGGACAUGUUUUAUUUCAGGUCCAGUCAUGCAUAGCCAAACCGUCAAGCUGUGAACAUUCUUUUCUCAUCUGCUAUGAGACAGUGUGCUUGCAGUGUUGAUAUGAAUACUAAUAAAGGAAGUAGAAUAUUGUAUUGGGUUAGAUUUGCUUCUCAAACAAGGAUUUUCUACAGUAUAUUUCCAGAUCUGUGCUGGGGAUUCUGCAUGGCUUUGCCAAACAGUGCAUGCCCAUGUUGUUUCUGCCACUCUGUGCCUCUUGAGCUAAGCCAGGCUAGGCAACGCAGGGCUAGACUGUGCUGGCUGCUGCUGCUCAUUGCCCUCUGGCCCUUCACUGGAUUACAGUGAUUGGAUUGGCAAGGGCUGCUGCCAAACCCCACUAACUGGUGCCAAUCACUACCAGUGCCCUACAGGCCCUGCUGGAUAAUAAAUACAUCUCUCACUGAAUAUCAAGUAACCUGUGAGGCAGAGCCCACAACCACAAGGAGAAAGAGACAGAAUGCUGGUUUCACAAACUUCCACAAUGUCUAAGUGCAACUGAACGUGUUCUGACAAGUCUGUAGGUAUCAAAUUCA